AUGUCUAUAUCUGGCCGCGGAGCUUUGGUCGUGCUUGAAGGUUGCGACCGGGCUGGCAAAAGUACACAAGGUCGGCUUCUUCUAGAAAGGAUACGAGAAAGCGGAGGUGAAUGCGAGCUACUUGCUUUUCCUGAUAGGACAACAGACCUUGGUAGGUUCAUUGACCGGUAUUUGAAGGGCGAGGUAGAAAUGGAACCGAAAGAGGCACAUCUUGUUUUCGCAGCGAAUAGACAAGCAGUAGUAGAAAAAAUGAAAAAGAAGCUUCAAAGUGGUAGUCACUUAAUUGUCGAUAGAUAUGCAUACUCAGGGAUCGCGUAUACUCUUGCGAAAAAGGGGUGCAAUAUGGGAAUUCAGUGGGCAAAACUACAUGAUGUUGGAAUCCUCAGACCGGAUUGCGUUAUUUUCUUCGAUUUAUCGCCUAGCGAAGCGGCCGCUCGAUGCGGAUUUGGCGGUGAACGACUUGAAGCUUUAGAAUUGCAAGAACGAGUCUAUGAAGUAAUGAAACAGUUGGGGGAGGAAAAUAAAGACAUUUGGAAAGCUGUCGACGCAUCUUUGACAGUGUCAACGCUGGCAGAUAAAAUUUGGAGUUUAGUUGAGUCUGUUAUGAAGUCAACCAGCCACCUACCAUUGCAUUUAAUAGACACUGUCCCUUCUUGUUGCUCACAGUCAUCGAACUAA